AUGAAAUUCCUACCGCAAAAGUUCAGAGAAACCCAAGCUGACUGGUUUGGAAAGCAGGGAAUUUCAUGGCACAUAUCUGUGGUUGUAUGCAAAGUCCAAGGUAACCUGCAACACCAGACUUUAGUCCACAUCGUAAAGAACUCCCCUCAAGAGAGUGACACAGUAAUAUGGAUUAUGGAACAUGUUCUGGCAACCUUGAAAUUAGAGCACCCCGAGAUAUCAACUGCCUAUUUUCGCCAAGACAAUGCUGGUUGUUACCACAGCGUGGCCUUACUUUGUGCAUGUCCUGAGAUAUCUAAGCACACAAGUAUCCACAUCAAAAGGGUCUACUUCAGCGAUCCUCAAGGAGGAAAAGGCGCCUGCGACCGCAAAGCAGCCACUGUCAAAGGACAUGUGAGAAGGUACAUUAACGAAGGACAUGAUGUGGCAACUACUGAAGGCGUUAAGGAUGCAAUACUCUCUUCAUGGUGGGAUACAUGGAGUACGAGUAGCACUGGUAGAUGA